GGAAGAUUUACAAGGGAAGCCACUCUCAAUUUCUAAGAAAUAUGAACGAGUUUGAAACAGUCUGAAACAACUCAGUUGAACUCCGUGCCGUUAAGUCAUUACUUUUAAAUUCAAAACCAAAUUAAAACACAAAUUCACUGUUUCUAAAAUCUAUAGAUUAUAGAUUCUGAUCUAGACAUCUAGAUCUUCUAGUUUAGUAGGCCUACAACAUUCAUUAUAAAAAAUAAAUAAAGUUGUUUUAACAUUGUAUUGUUAACAAGAUGGUCAAAUCAAUCCUUGCUUGUGGACUACAAGAAUGUUUGAGUAAAGAAUGGAUGGGAGAUAACUUCAGUGACUUUAGAGUUGUGGUUGAUGGCUCACAGUAUUUCUGUCACAAGUUUAUUCUAAGUGCCUGCUCAACUUUCUUUAAGACUUUGUUGAGUUCGGAUUUCAGAGAAAAGAAAGAAGAAUGUGUUGAGUUAAAGAACAUGAGUAAAGAGACUUUUGAUGUUAUAAUCAAUGCAAUUUACAAAGGUGUUGAUGAUCUGACAAAAGACAACAUCAUUAGUGUGUGGCAAGCUACUCAUAUGUUGCAUAUACCAUUUCUUAUAGAAGAAUGUGAAAGAUUUGUAGUGGAAAAUAUGUCCCAAGAUAAUUUUGUUACAUUUUAUGAAAUUGCAACGCUUUUGAACUCAAAAAGUGUGAUUUCUUUAGCAACAGACUUCAUAAAAAAACAUUAUGAGCAAUUUAUUGAAACCGAUACCUUUCUUGAAUUAAAGCACUCUGUAUUACUUUAUUUGAUUGAUGAUGAUUGUCUUAAUGUGUUGUCUGAAGAUGUUGUUUUAGAUUCCAUCAUUAAUUGGGUCUCGUAUAUAAAUUACAAGAGCUACCAAACAAAAGACUCAGGUAAAGAUAAUUUAGUGACAUCAUCAUCUGAUUUUGCAAGCAAGGAGAAUACUGAGUGUGAUUUAUCUAUAUACAAUCAGCUGGAUAAAACUGCUAACUCCAAAUUAGACUCAAACAAGGAAAUGAUGGACAGAAAGCAGUAUCUUGUUGGAUUGUUGACAAUGGCCAGACCAUUUUUAGCCAGUCGAAGCUACCUCGAAAACCUUUUAAUAAAUCCAUUGAUAAGGGAGAAUGAGAAAGCUCUUAAGAUUGUGUACGAAGCUUUGUUGUACCAAUGGACAUCUGUUUCUUAUUCCCGUAACUUAGUGAUCCCACAUAGAAAAUGCAGCGGUAAACGAAAUGUCAUGGCAUAUAUUCACAAAAACAAACUGAACUUGCUUGAUGUAGAAAGUUUAAGAACAUUUGAGCUUGAUUUGGGUUUAGUGUUAGGUACUUGUUGGGAUAAUGCUUCAAAAGAUGGUCACAGAAGCAAGGUGCUAGCAUCAAUUGAGUCCUCACUUUGUUUUGUGUAUUCAAACACUGGUAAAGUCAAUUGUGAAUUCAGUAAAAGAAAUCAUCUUUGCUGUUAUAAAAAUGUUGCAAUUAUUGAUGAAAAUAAGAAGGUAUCCACACUUAAGACAUUUUGUGGAGAGUCUCCACUUGAAAUAGUAUCAGUAAAUAGAGAUUUUAUUGCUGUUGGUGAUUGUACAUUUAAAACAGUAAUGGAAGAUGGUGCUUUUAGCUGUGUUGACUUUAAGUUCUCAUUACCUGUAAGUUCAGUAUGUGUUUUUCAAGAUUACAUUUUGAUAUUUUAUAACAAAAAUGGUACUUCAAAAGUACAAUGUUGCAAUAUGUCUACAAAGUCUUCUCAGGAAAUCGACUUUGACAGCCAAGUAAACACAAUUAUAACAAUUCAAAAAGGAAGGCAAGUGUAUAUUCUUUUACAAAGUGGUACUUUGAAAGAGGUAGAAAUUGCUAAAAACAGUACAAUUAGUUUUAAGCUUGUUACUCAACUUUGGACCAGUUUAAAUCAGAUCUUACUUGGAGCAGUAUGUUACAAAGAUGAGUUAUUGCUGUUUUGUUCUAAAUACUCAUUUUUGCGCCUUAGUUUGUUAAAAUCUGUACCUGGGAUUUUUGAGUCCAUAAGAGUUAUUGAAGUAGACAGCGACUCAAACAUAGUUCCAUUAGUGGUCUCAGAAUCUUGGUGCUCAAAACUAAUAUAAUCCCAAGUUUGAUGCUAGUUUUUUGUUAUUGUUUUUUAAGGUUAUUAUUGUUAAUUUGAAACUGUUUUAACUAGAGGAUACAAUCUCUUGAUAUGCAUACCCUGAGUUGUCAUUAAACAAAGUUUGUAAGUUUAGGCAAACUUUGUUAACUAGUAACUUUAAACAAGCGCUCAAAUAAGAAGAAAGUUAAAGAAUGUUGCUUAUGUUCCCAGAGAUAUUUGUCUUGUUAAAGUUAAAUAUUUGUACCAUGAAGAGAUGCAAAUCAGCAUUACGGGUUAUUGUGUCAGUAAUUAUAUUAUAAUGUGCAUCCUUUUUAUGUUUUUGCUUAUUGAUGUCACUGAAUUAUUAUUGAAUAUAUAGGUUUUUAAAUAAGAUUUACAUUAUGGUAGUCUAGUCUUGUUAGAAAACAAAUAUUGCUUACUUUUUUUAACAUAAACUUGUAAUGUAGGCUACAUGUGGUUUACAGUUAAAAUACCAAAAAAUGCAAUUACUGAUUUUACUUAGCUCUACUGCUUGCCAAAAAUGAAACUAAUAGACAGAUGUACUAAUACUUUUUGAACUGUUCCAUUUCAUCAAUAAAAUGUUAAAUAUUUGUUAUUAUUUGGAAAAAAGAUUGUGAUCAACACUGAUUGUUAAAACAUUUUUUAUUGUUGAUUUUUUUGUUUUGUU